UUCUUAAGUGUAUUUUCAGCACAGUUCCGAAGAAAGUCAAAAAUCUGGGAGUUCAAGGAACUGGAUUUAGUGCAUUUCCCCUAGUUUGGUCACCAACUGGGAGUCUUGCUCCUGCUCCCUGUAAAGAUUGGCAUAUAAAUGUCUGCAUCUGGCUAGCCGAGAAGAACAGCAAUGGACUCACGACAUCUUCCCUAUCGGUCUGAAGUGGACAGCUGGACUCCACAUGAUCUGGCAGAUUACUUCAGGAGGUUAAACUACAAGGACUGUGAGAAAGUUGUCCGGAAACAUAGCAUUACUGGACAAAGAUUUCUGAACAUGUCUGAAAAUGAUAUUCAGAAGUUUCCAAAGCUAAGAAUGCCAAUUCUAAGUAAACUAAGUAUGGAUAUAAACCGAAAUGAAGAAAGAAGAAGUAUUUUUCCAAAACGUACAUAUACACAGAAAGUUCCUCAAAAUACAGACUUCAGACAAGAAGAAGCUGACAGCUGGUCUUCUUUUGAAAGUGAUGACUAUGAAAGUCCAGAUGACCAAGAACCUGGGGUAGACUACGAAACACCAAAUGAUGGAGAUAGUGCAGAAGAGGAAAAUGAUGGCGAUUAUGAACCUCCUCCUUCCAAUGAUGAUGAGACCCACCGUAAUGCUAUAUUUCCUUCCAAACCAAUUCCAACCCCUUCUGAAUACAUAGAUAGAGCUGCAACAGUUAAAACAUCUCUUCAGCCUCCUGUUCCUCCUCAGAGAUCUGUACCCUCUCCAAUACCAUCUCCAAUACCAGCAACUCAUGGAGACAGAAGUGCUGGGUCUCUCUUCUCUUCACCUUCAAGCAAUGAGACUAACAGAGAAAAAAACAUCAAGAUGUUUAAACCUCCUAUAGAUCGAACCAAAAAGCCCCCACUGAAUCGAUCUGGGCCACUAUUUGACAGAGAUGCACUAAGAGGAGGCAAAAGAGGAAUAUUUCCUGAAAUGUCUUUGACACCACAGCUGAGAUUUCUGGGGAAAGAGUUGGAAAAGAUACAAAAGCCUCCUGUGCCAUCAAACGAUAAUCAUGAAAGACUUAAUCCAACCUCUAGAAGGAUACCACCAUCCUUACAGAACAACCAGGUAUCUGAAAGAAAGGCAGAAGUGAAUGUUCCCCAAAGGCCAGUUCCUCAGCCACCUUCGCAAUUCUUUAAUACAUUCCCUUCCAGAACAACUAAACCACUAGCUAAACAGAGUCUUUUGCCGCCCAAGAAUAUACCUGAUGCAUACCCAGAAAGCACUGUUUCAUCCAGUGGAUCACUACCAUCACGCCUCCAACCAAGCAACAUCUGCAGAACUUUUUCCAAAGGCAGAGCAGACAGCAGACCGCCACUGCCCAUCCCUGACAGACAAACCACACAAACAUCCAACACUGAACAUGAAGUGGAGCAAGAAUUUUGCAAGGCCUCUCCAAAUCAGAAAUGGUAUGCUGCUGAUAUCACUCGGACAGAAGCAGAAGUGGCCCUCAGGAACAUAAACCAGGAUGGCACUUUCUUAGUAAGAAACAGCUCAAGAAAAACUCCUGAACAACCCUAUGUCUUGAUGGUGUUGUACAAUGACAAAGUAUACAAUAUCCAGAUACGAUACCAACUGGAAGAUCAAAUAUACUUCUUAGGAACUGGACUGAAGGGAAAUGAGGAUUUUACUUCAGUGGGUGAUAUCAUUGAUUACUUCAGAAAAGCACCUCUUCGACUUAUAGACGGAAAGGACCGAGGUUCAAGAAAGCAAUGCACAUUAACAUAUGCCGCUGGAACUCUUUAGAAGAAAAUUUUUACAGAGAACCAGUUCAGAAGCCACCUUACUUGUCUCACAAAGAAGUUAGCAGAGUAAUUAAUUGUUUAUAUGAUGAACUAAAAUAAAAUAUAAUUAUCUCUCAUUUUAUGUAACAAACUUAAUUACCUCAGUUUUCAAAGUUUACUCCUUUUAUCAUCAGAUAUUGUUUCACAUUAAGCAAACACUUUGCAAAACUGUUUCAUGCGUGUGACAACAGUUUUCUGAAAUCUAUAUUAAGUAUGUUUAGGUCAAGUGCAAGAAAGAGUAUUGUAAAAUUAUUGUCCAAAUCAAGUUUACAGUAAUAAAUAAAUUUAGCAGAGUACAGUUCAAUUAUUAAUUCUGACUUUGUUAAAAGUACACAUGCUAAUGUUUAGUCUUUGUGGGAACAUCUGCUUGCUAUAUUUUAUGUAUGAUAAUGAGAGUAAUUUGCAGAUCUUGCAUUGACAGAUGCAAUAAGAAUCAAUAAAUGUACCUGCUUUAUAGCCCUUUUUCAAUGCAAGCCUUUUUUCCAUGUGCUUUUCCUUUAGACAAACAACAUUUAACAAUAUGGAUAUUUUCAGAUAAUUCUUCUGGCACCAAGGCUAGGCCUGUCACCACAAAAUAUA